CCUCGGGCUCGCUCCGCCUUUUCUGCCCCCCACCCCCACCUCACGGGUACGGGCCAUUCCCGGCCAGGAAACGCCGUGGCGCCGCGUUGGGCCUAACUCGAGUCUCGCUGCCUCCCGGGAGUGCCGUGCGCCGCAGCCCGGGCCCAGGCCCCGGCAGCGCCUGGGUCAAGGAUUCCUCAUGUCCGUAACAUGUUGGCUGAGGCUCUGCAGUUCACCCCCACUCUUUGAGUGGUCAGUCUCCAUUAAUUGGACCCCGUGAUUCCCACCUUCUGCUGUCUUGGACGUCAUGAGCAUUGCAAUCCCUCUGGGAGUCACCACACCAGAUACUUCCUACUCAGAUAUGGCUGCUGGAUCAGAAAAGGAAGUGGAAGCCCCCUACCUUUCAAGACGAAGUGGCACUACACCAGGAUGUGAAAGUCCAGCGAAAGAGACCCAAGGGGCCUAGGGGGCAGCACACCCCCAGAAGCCAAGUCUAUUCCAGGCAGUACCAGGGAUUAGGGUCUGGGCUGGAAAAAUCCUGGUGUUUUGAAUAUGUUCAGGUCCAGUUCAGACUCUUGAUCCCACAGCCACUUCUUGAGUGAGACUUGCACAUGAAGUGCAUAUGUUCAUAUUUACCCAGUUUGGAGAUGGGUAAGAUAUAACCAACAUAGCUCCAUCUCCAUGGCCAUCUUUUAUUUCAUGCAACUUUUUUUUUCUGUCCCACAAAAAGCUUCAUUUCUAAUAAACAACUUUCUUAUUUCACCCCAUGUGUUUAAUGGUAUAAAAUCCCCUACAUAAAAAUAUGUACAGCCCUUUGAAUUACUUACCUAGUAACAUACAUAGUCAAUAACAAUGUAUAAAUCCAUUACUUUCUUUUAACUGUCCAUCAUAGAAACUAAAUUCUACCUUCAUUUUAUUAAUGCUUGUCUGCCUUUGGUUUCAUUUAGGAAACCCUACCUGUUUCCUAACACUCAGCCAAUUGCCUCAGUGACCCAUGUUCAAAUCAUCCUUUUCUCAAGAAUACUUACCUGCAUUCUUGAUAUCCCCUUCCAGCCACCCCACUGCCAAUUCCCAAAGUGCAUGCACCUCACUAACAGAGAAUACUUUCCUCUGUCUAAGUUCCUCACCUAGAAAUGACCUUUGCUGUUAUUAAUAAGACCCCUUCUCACAGUUGUGGACCAUAAAACUAGGGUAUCCUGUCUUGGUAGUGAAUGGAAGAGGGCCUGGUCCCUGGGGCAGUGCAGAAGGCACUUUCAUCAUCUCACUCACUGCAAAUGUCAUGUGAGGUUUCAUGGAAGUAUUAAGAGAUCCAAUUAAGAAGAAUAGUUCUGAGUCUAAACCAGCCCAGAGUGGCUUCUCUAGGGGAAACUCCCCGCUCUGCUGCCCUGAAUCUGUGGAGGCUAGUCCAGCAGUUAAUGAGAAGAGCGUGUAUUCCACUCAUAAUUAUGGGACCACUCAGAGGCAUGGGUGUCGAGGACUGCCUUAUGCUGAUCAUAAUUACGGAGCCCCUCCUCCUCCGACACCUCCUGCUUCUCCCCCUGUCCAGACGAUCAUCCCUCGUUCUGACCUGAAUGGCCUGCCGUCGCCCGUAGAGGAACGCUGUGGAGACAGCCCGAACUCUGAAGGAGAGACUGUUCCUACCUGGUGUCCUUGUGGUCUUUCUCAGGAUGGCUUCCUUCUCAACUGUGACAAGUGCAGGGGAAUGAGCAGGGGGAAGGUUAUUAGACUUCAUCGGCGGAAGCAGGACAACAUAUCAGGUGGGGAUAGCAGUGCAACAGAAAGCUGGGAUGAGGAGCUUUCUCCUUCCACUGUGUUGUACACAGCAACACAGCACACACCUACAAGCAUCACCUUAACUGUUAGAAGAACCAAACCCAAGAAGCGGAAAAAGAGUCCAGAAAAGGGUCGUGCAGCACCAAAGACGAAGAAGAUCAAGAAUUCUCCCUCGGAAGCACAGAAUUUAGAUGAAAAUACCACUGAGGGCUGGGAAAAUCGGAUAAGACUAUGGACUGAUCAAUAUGAAGAAGCUUUCACUAAUCAGUACAGUGCAGAUGUACAGAAUGCCCUUGAGCAACAUCUCCAUUCUAACAAGGAAUUUGUGGGCAAACCUGCAAUUUUAGACACUAUUAAUAAAACUGAACUGGCCUGUAAUAAUACAGUAAUCGGUUCCCAAAUGCAGUUACAGCUGGGAAGAGUCACUCGUGUUCAAAAGCACCGGAAAAUCCUGAGGGCUGCAAGAGAUUUGGCUUUGGACACUCUUAUAAUAGAAUAUCGUGGGAAAGUCAUGUUACGACAACAAUUUGAGGUCAAUGGGCAUUUCUUUAAAAAACCAUAUCCCUUUGUGCUCUUCUACUCAAAAUUCAAUGGUGUAGAGAUGUGUGUCGAUGCUCGUACUUUCGGUAAUGAUGCUCGGUUCAUCAGAAGAUCAUGUACACCAAAUGCAGAGGUGAGACACAUGAUUGCAGAUGGGAUGAUUCACUUGUGUAUCUAUGCCGUAUCUGCUAUCACCAAGGAUGCAGAAGUCACCAUUGCAUUUGAUUAUGAAUAUAGUAACUGUAAUUACAAAGUGGACUGUGCUUGUCACAAGGGAAACCGGAAUUGCCCUAUACAGAAAAGAAAUCCCAAUGCUGCAGAAUUGCCACUCCCACCUCCUCCUAGCUUUCCCACCAUUGGAGCAGAGACCAGACGUAGAAAAGCACGGCGGAAAGAGCUGGAGCUGGAGCAGCAAAAUGAGGUUCCAGAAGAGAAUCCUGACCCGCAACCACAAGAAGUUCCAGAAAAAGUAACUGUAUCCAAUGAGCAUGAGGAAGUUGACAAUCCAGAAGAAAAACCAGAAGAAGAAGAAAAAGAAGAGGCUACAGAUGACCAGGAGAACUCUGCUCAUAGCAGAAGGACUCGAGAAGACCGAAAGGUUGAAGCCAUCAUGCAUGCUUUUGAAUCUUUAGAGAAGAGAAAGAAACGGCGGGAUCAGCCUGUAGAACAGAGCAGCUCGGACAUAGAGAUUACUACUAGCAGUUCAGAGAUAGUAGUUGGAGAAGAGACAAAAACUGCAGCCCCUGAGUCUGAAGUUAGCAGCCCUGUUUCAAAUGUUGCUAUCCCAAGCACCCCACAGAGCACUGGUGUGAAUACUCGGAGGUCCUCCCAUGCUGGGGAUGUAGCUGCAGAAAAGCCAAUCCCUAAACCACCUCCAGCUAAGCCUUCUAGACCCCGACCGAAAAGUAGAAUUUCUCGGUACCGGACCAGUUCAGCCCAAAGACUAAAACGCCAGAAGCAGGCCAUUGCACAACAGGCAGAACUGUCGCAAGCUGCCUUGGAAGAAGGAGGAAGUAACAACUCAGUAACUCCUCCUGAAGCUGGAAAUACAGACAGUUCAGGAGAGAACAGACAGCUAACAGGGUCUGACCCAACUGUGAUAUCAGUUACUGGAUCCCAUGUCAACCGUGCUGCAUCUAAAUACCCCAAAACCAAAAAGUAUCUAGUUACAGAAUGGUUAAAUGACAAGGCAGAGAAGCAAGAAUGCCCUGUUGAGUGUCCUUUGCGUAUCACCACUGACCCAACUGUGUUGGCAACAACCCUGAACAUGCUACCAGGUCUUAUUCAUUCCCCAUUAAUUUGUACCACCCCCAAACACUACAUUCGCUUUGGCUCACCCUUUAUGCCUGAGAGGCGUCGAAGGCCCCUUCUGCCUGAUGGCACAUUCAGCUCCUGUAAGAAGCGCUGGAUAAAGCAAGCCUUGGAAGAAGGGAUGACUCAGACUUCAUCUGUGCCCCAAGAGACUAGAACACAGCACCUAUACCAAAGUAAUGAGACUAGUAAUUCUUCUAGUAUCUGUAAAGACAAUGCAGAGGAAGAGAAAGAUCUCGAGUCAGGGAUCAGUUUUCCCAGGACGACAAAGAAGGAACUAGACAGUGUACAGAUAACAGCAGAAAUGGUUAUAAAAAAGGUUAGAUACGUUUAACGUAGUAAGUUUAGGAAAUAUUUAUUUGUACUUAUAAGGGGAGACAGUAGAAAGUGGUGGAACACUUUCAAGGGGAACAGUUGGAACUGUUAAGUGGCUUGUUGGGUGGGAUCUGACUAAAGGGGCAGGAAAUAAUGGCAUCCUUGAGGAAUCAUUGUUGUUUUGUUUUUUUUCAAAAGAACUUGCCUCCCAGAACUAUAAAAUUUCUGACUAAGACAUAAAGAUAUGGGCCAAAUGGCUAUGAAAAAAGGACCUGAUCAUUGUCUUUUACAGUGUUCUGUUUCAGACUUCUAGCUGAAAUUAUUGGUAUAUUGACUUAUGAUAUCCUAUUUGUUUGUUUACUUAUUAGACAGGGUUUUUCUGUUUAAUCUAAGCUGGUAUCAAACAUCCUCUCUGGUACUCAAAUUCGGAUCAGUUUUCUGAAUAUUGUAUAAUCAAAAAAUGCUGUAACUGGAUACAAUGAUACUUAGGAUCCUAGUACUUGGAAGACAAAAUAAGACAAGAGGAUUGCUGCAAGUUCAAGACCCUCCCUGUCUCAAUAAGAAACAACAACAACAAAAUUUACCAACACAGAUUAGUUACUAAAACUCACUUUUAGUUUUGCUUUGGUUUAUUGGAUAAAGAGAGGUGUUUGUGGGGUUUUUUUUUUUAAACCACCAUUUUUUGACUUGCUGAGUAUUUAUGAAGCUGAAUUUAAAAGAAUUUUGUAAGUAAUUGCUUUAUAUUAAAAUUCUUAGGUUUUAAUCUGUUCACCUAAUGAGACAGAUUCAUUCAGGUUUAGUUUAAUAAAAAUUUUAAGGCAGCUUUGAAUUGUGUCAACUUACAACUUUAAGAGUAGCUGAAUUAGACUAUGGUGUGUGUAUGUGUGUGUGUGCGUGCAUGUACGCGCCUUCCUCUAUCUGGUGGGUAUGUUGCACACAUAUACACAUAUAUAGUUGAUUUGGAGAACAGACUGCAUGUCCUGGCUGUCACACACUCAGAGAGAACUUGUCCUUGUUACUACAUACCCUCAGUGGAAUAGAAUUAGCACUGUUAGUCAUCAACUUGUAUUACAUUUCUAUUCUUCUCUCCAGCAAGCUGUGAGAAACAUUGUUAGAAAACACCUUGCCCUUAAGUAUCAAUAUAAACCAAAGGAAAGCAUUACAUAAAGAGAUUAAUGGCACAGAAUUACUGUUUGUUGAGUUUUAAAAGUUUUGUUUACAACAAUAUGGAGGAAAGUUGAUGAAGAAAGUGAAGAGAUGUGUUGACACAGAUAAAAAUAUCAAAUAGACCUUUAUUUGAGGUCUAGUUUUCUAUCCUGUGUGAUGUUACUAAAUGUCUCUGAAUUUCACCUGUAAGUGCCUGCUUCAUAAGGUUAAUAAGAAAUUGAAUAAUUUUUACUAAGUGCUUAGUUCAGUAUCAGACCCAUAUCUGAAUUACGGCUGUCAUUCUACAUAGAAUACUCUUUCUUGUCACAUAUGAACUACCUAGAUUAAAGAUGAUAAAUUCUUCCACUGGUGUGGUUGUGCUUAAUGUGUACAAUACCAGUAAUCAAGACUGAUGGAAAAAUCUUGGUUUUCAGGCCAGUCUGGGCUGUAUAGUAACUCUAUCACAAAAAGAAAAGUCAAAGGAUAUUAAAAGAUAAAAUUGAAUAAAAAUAAGAUGUAUUACCAUUGACAUAAAGAAGAGAUCAGAUAUUCAUUUGUAAAUAACAUGAAUAUAUCCCUAGAAAUACCUUAAUAAUCAACUGAAAAAUUCAGAACUAAUAACAGUUGAAUAAAAUCCUUGGUUAGAAGUAAAUAUCCCUUAAAUACUUAAGAAAAUGAAUGAAAACAGGUUUUUGUCAUCCUCAUUUUUAGCAAAGCUAAGAAACUACCUGAGAAUUUUCAUACUUGGAUAUGUGAUGCAAACUAUUAUUGAGAAAUACUUUGCAAGUUUGAGCAUAAAGGAAAUUCUGUAUUCAAUAAUUGGAUGUAUAAUAUUCUUUCUACUCCUAUGGUUUCCUAGAGCCAUCUUUAAAAUUUUGAUUUUAAGUUCAUUAAAGUUUUUAAAAUAAACCUUGGAAGGGUAAUAAGUACUUUGCUGAAAAUACACACCUAGUUUUCAUGGGACACUCGUGGUUAAAUUAUCAUGGCGAAUGAGAAUACGGAACUGAAUAGCUAGACUAGGCUUUGAAAUAGGGGCAUGGUAAAUUGCUCUAAAAAGAAAAUUGCUUUCUAAAAAGAAAAGUUUUCAGUUACUUGGGAGAUUGUAAAGUGAUUGGAUCUUUUGCCAAUGCAAAUUCUAAGUGAACUCAAAUACUUUUUCUUACAAUUUUUUGGGUUCUUUGUGUUUUGUGGUUGGUGUGUUUGGGUUUGUUUCUUGAGACAGGUUUUCACUAUGUAAUCCUGGCAAGCUUGCUUGCCAUCUUCCUGCCUCACUCUCCUAACUGCGUGUACCACCACACCCAAUACCCUAAUUCAAAUAGUAUUAACUCUUGUUUCUGUGAUCAUGCUGACUUUAAGUUAAUAUAGUAAGAAAGGAUUUUCAGUAAAAAAAAUAUAUAUAUAACAAUAUUCCAAUUGUCUAUUCAGAUUCAUUAUGUGCUUUAAAGAUUUAUUCUUAAGCUCACUAGUUCUAGCUAUUGUACAAGAUAUAAAAACCAAAUAUUUAGGUACAAAAAUAUUUAUAAUUACUAGUAGCUCCAAGUUAUAUUUUUAAAUAUAAUUCUUAAAAUUAAAUUUAAAUUUUUUAAUUUAUAAAAUUAUAUUUAAGCAUAAUUUUUAAAAGCCAGAACUCCAACUGAUGAGAGAGUAAUAGAAAUUGUUAUUUGAUCUUUGUUCAUAUAUAAGAUCUUGAUAGUUUACACUGACAUUGGCAUUUUUAAAAAUUGUGUGUGCAUGUACUUGGUGGGAGGGUGAGCUCGCGCGCGUAUGUGCGCCUGCUCACUCCCACACAUUUAUACACUUGAUAUUUCAUAUAGGAUAACUGACAGAACCUUCUACCUUGUAGGUCUUGAGAAUUGAGCUUAAGUAAUCAUAAUCAGCCUUACCAGCAAGCCUUCACUUUCUGAGCCAUCGAAUGGGCCCUUUUAAUUUGAAUUAUUAAUUUGAGGUUGUUGCUCAAUGAUAGUACUUGCCUAACAUGAGAAAAACCCUUGGUUUGAUCUCUGGUUCCACAGUUUUUUAAAUAGUUUAGCUUUGUUUUAUCAAAUUGAUUUAAGACCACAAAAAAAAAAAAAGGAUAGCAUUACAUGUAAAUUAGAUUUACUUAUCUUCUUGAAUCUUGAAGAGAACUAAAGGAUAAUUAUAUGACCUAUUCUCUCAUAACUAUAAAGUUGGCUUGAUAAUUGUUUUUUAACAUUUGAAAUGGAGAGAAGAAUGUAACAGCCAUUCAUGAAUUUGAUAAUAAAUUAUCAUGCUAUAAUUUUUUAAUGAAUUUAUCUUAAAAGAUGAGCUCUCAAGCUAGGCCUUUGAUCACAGCACGCGGGACAGAGACAGGCAGAUCUCUGGAAGGAAGCCAACCUGUUUUACAGAACAAGUUCUAGAACAGCCAGGCCUUCAGAAACCCUGUCUCAGAGGGGCACCGAAGUAAGCUAUCAAAGCUAAGAAAAUGGCUUAGUGGGCAAGAACACUUUCUUUAUAAGCCUAAAGACCCACAUUUGAACAAAUUGAAUUCCCAGAAUCCAUAUUUUAAAAGCCAGGCAUGGAUUCAUAUUCCUGUAAUAACCACUUUGGGAGGUAGAAACAGAGCUUGGUGGCUAGCCAAAAUAGUGAGGUUCAUAUCCAGUGGGAGACUGUCUCUAGGUACAAAGUGGAAGCACUAACAUAAAACAUCUAAUGUCCUCUGGCUUCUGCAUGUACCGGUACACUCCCAACCACACAUAGAUUUGCACACAUAUGCCACACACUACCAGAAUUAAAAAACCAUAUGUGAAUUAUCAGGUUACUCCACUGUUUUAUUAUUAUUUAACAUAUUCUGGAGUUUUUAGCUAUAAGCAUACUUGCCUCUUCCAAAGGGAAAGGAUGUAUAAGUACUAGUAAAGAGGGGUGACUGUCAUCAUAUGCAAGUAAUACAGUUAGAUUCCUAGAACAGCUGAGAAAAUUGGCUGGAACCAAUAUGUAAACAUUUCAUUAUAACAUUAAGAUGGACAAAUGGAGAACAUGGGAAACGAAGGCUCUCGGUUAUGAGGAGGGAAUCAAGGCUUGAAUAGCUAAAAGAAAUCAUGCAUAGUCAUUGGUGAGGGUGGUCUCCCCGAGUUAUAUUACCAAAGUACUGAGAUUAGAUUGUCUAAUUAUUAUACUUCAUUGAUAAGAAUAUUGUGCUAGUCUUUCCAGAAAUAUUUUGGAUAGAGUUGGGAACAUUUCUAGCCAAUUUUUAAAAAGACGAAAUAUCAGUAUUGCUAGAUGUGGUAUGUGCCUAGAAUCUAGUACUGGAGAGGCUGAGAAAGAAAAACACAAAUUUGAGGCCAACCUAGGCAACAUUACAAGACUCUGUCUCAUCACUAGGGGGGAGAGCAUUGUAGCUCAAUAUUAAAGUACUUUCCUAAAAUAUACAAGGACCAAAAAAAUGUAUAAUAAUAGUCUAAUGGAGAAAAGAUUCUUUUUAAUUCAAUGAAGAAAGAUAAGAGUUGUUCAAAGGUAGUAGGCAUUUGCUACUAGAAAGGUGGGGUAGGAAUCAAUGCUCUAAAGUUAAUUGUGCAUACUUCUUCCUUAAGAGUUUAAGUAUAACUUAGGGGGCCAGGGGGAUGACUCAGUGAGUAAAAGCGCUUGCCACUCAAGCCUGAGAAAUUCAGAUUCCAGAACCGUGUAAGUGUGACUAAUCCCAGCACUGCUGUGGCAAGAUGAGAUUGUGGAGACAAGUGAAUAGGCCAGAGGAACACAAGACAGCUAACCUGGAAUAUGGUUUUCAGUAGAGGCUCUGCUCCAACAAGGAGUACACCAACUCUGGCCUCCACACUUUAGGUAAUACAAACAUGGACACAUUUUUUUUUUCUUAAGUGUAAAUUAGGGAAGGACUAUAACUAAGUGGUAGAGUGCAUACACAGCAUGUGUGGUUGUCCCUCAGUUCAUUCCUCAAACAAGAUAGUAUUGGUGCUUUAUACAUACUGUCCCAAAACUUCAACAGUGAGUACUGUUGCAGCCUAGACUACAUUCUGGGCCUCAGUGAGAGACACAAAACAUAAACAUACUGACUUAUAGACAACCUAGGCUCAAUCAACCCUUGAGACCCCCAUGGUAAAGGAGAAAAUCAACUCACCAAGUUGUUCUUUGACUUCCAACUGCAUGGCACAGCCUGCAUGUAUGCAUACACACACACACACACACACACACACACACACACACACACACACACACGCGAAAUAAAAUAUUUUUAAAAACUAAAGAAUUAAAUGUUAACCUAAAGGUUAAAACUAAAGGCCAAUGGGUGGUAUUUUCAUAGUUCAGGGAUAGAAUUGCAAGUUCGUUAGUUAGAUUCAUUCUGCUAAUUAAAGCCAUUAAAACAGACGAUUAAAAAAACAUCUUUAGAUUUAAUUUUUGUAUAUGAGUGUUUUGACUAUACAUAUGUAUGUGUACCACAUGUUUGCGUGGUGCCAAUGGAGUUCAGAAGAGGGCAUUACAUUUCCUGAAAUUGGAGUUAUAGAUGGUUCUGAGCUGCCAUGUGGGUGCUAGCAAUUGAACCUGGUUUUUCUGUAAGAGUAGACAGUGUUCUUAAUCACUGCCAUCUCUCCAGCCCUGUUAAAUACAUUUUAAAAACAAACUAGCCAACGGUGGUAGCACAGGUCUUAAUCCUAGCACUUGGGAGGCAAUAGCCAACCUGGUCUACAAAGUGAGUUCUGGGACAGCCAAGGCUACACAGAGAAACUCUCUUAGAAAAGCCACUUUAAAAGAGAGAGAGACUGGGGCUGGAGAGAUGGCUCAGUGGUUAAGAGCAUUGACUAUUCCAGAGGUCAUGAGUUCAAUUUCCAGUAACCACAUGAUGCCUCACAACCAUCUGUAAUGGGAUCUGAUGCCCUCUUCUGGUGUGUCUGAAGACUGUGAUCAUGUACUCAUAUAUAUAAAAUAAAUCUUUUUUUUAUAAAGAGAAACUGAAAAGGUCAAUUUUUAACUCUUAAAACCAGCAUACUGAUACAGUGUAAGCUAGACAUUGCAAAUCAUUCACACAAUUAAAUACAGAGGUAGUAAGCAUGUGUAAGUGUGGAUGUACAUGCAUGGAGACCAGAGGAAUUGAUCAGGUAUUUUGUUCUUCAUGCUGUUUUGAAACAUUGUCUCACUGAACCUCCAUUAGGCUGGCAGCCAGCAAGCUCCCACCCCAGCACUGGAGUUACAGGCUAAAGUACAGCUAUAGCUGGCCUUUCGUGAGUAUUGGUGAUUCAAACUCACAUUCUCAAGCUUGUUCAACUCCCACCUUAAAGUUGAGAGAGAGAGAGAGAGAGAGAGAGAGAGAGAGUCCUGUAGUUGUCCUAACAAAUAAGUAGAGAAAAGUUUUUUAUCAUAGUAGACUCAACAAUUGCAAUACAGGAAAAUACUUAAUAAUUCAACAUAGGUUAAAUUUUGGCAAUACUAAUGUCACAUACCCAUUUUUAAAAGGUAUUCAUAAAUCGGGUAUGCUAACACAUGCCUGUGACAGGAGGAUGCUAGUUUGAAGCUAGCCUGGAUUACAUGGCCACUUCAAGGACAGCUUAGUUUACAAUGAUAGGAUCCUAUUUCAAAAACAUGCUACCACCAAAGAAAGAAACAUACAAAAAUUUAUUCACUAACAGAAAUUUCUGGGAAAUCAUUUUAAUUUAUGUAUAUAUAAUGGGUAGCAUGGGUUUAAAUGUAUGAGUUUGCAUAAUCUUGAGCAGUAUUGAGGCAGGGUUUUAAAAAAUGAGUGUGUAUGUUAAUAUAUAUUUGACAACUAUACCAAAAAGAAAACAAAUAGCAAAGACUACCAACUGACCUUUAGGCAAUCGCUGGGUUUUUAAAUAUAGCAUCUUAAGUGUUCAUUGAAUAUCAAAUAUAGAUCACAUUCAUUUAUGUAGUAAUUCCUCCUAGUUUUCCUACAGUAAUACACAAAAUGUAUUUAGCAGUUACAUUGUUGAACCCUCAGUACAGAGUUCUUAAAGAUUGGCUUUGAAGUCUUUAGAAAUGCUUAAAAAUUAUUUUACAGAUUAGUCUUGAAUUACAUGUUUAUUUGUUUGUUUUGUACCUAGGCACAUUAAAAAGGAUAAAACAUCACAUGCUAUAAAGAACAAGAGGAAAAGUAUUCUUUCAAUGUAGAGAAAUGAAAAAUCCUAAGAAACAAAAAAAAAUUUAUUUAAACAUAUCAGUGCCUCACACCUUUAUAUUGGCUACUUUCCUAACUCCAGUAGGUUUGCACUUGGAGUUACAUCACCAGAGAAAUCUUCCUAAGCACAUCCCUGAUCUCGGGCCACAUUUGCCUGGCAUGAUUGUCGUUGUUUGCACCAAGCCAUGGUGCUACAGUUUAGCAUGCUUUUAUUAAGACCAUUUGCCGAAUGACUGGAGAUGAAUGGCCAAUUGGUAAAAGUGCCAGUCUAAGGUAUAAAAUGCCCCAGAUUUGAUCUCCAGCACCAUAUGAGGCAGGUGACCAUGGACUGGGUGCUACCAUGUCUAGUCUUUCUAUAUGCAUCAGAAUCUUCAUCUUUGAUACAGGGUGAUGUUAAUAACAGAAAUGCUGGAUUUAUAGAUACCUUAAUUUUCAUAUCAAACACACCACACAGUGCCUGGUAAACAUCACCUUAACAGUGAUGUUCUUUUACUUGUUUUAUUUUCUAAGAAAUGGAAUUCAUAGUGUUGUUCGGGCCCAAGCUAGCCUUCAGCUCUUGGACUUUUGAGCAGUCCUUUUACUUUAGCCACCCUAGUAGCUGAGACUAUAGUUCUUGGACACUGUAUCUCACUUUACCUACUUUGAAGGGUAUUUAUGUGUUUAUCAUCAUUCCUGAGGGGCCACACUACACAUGCAGACUUCAGAAGACAACUUUUGGAAGUCAGUUCUCUACCUUCAUGUGGGCUCCAGGUUUGGAUAACAAGCACCUUGUCAAAUAAUCUCGAAAGCCUCUUUGUAACUAUUGGAGCCACUUAUUUACUUAGUUAUUUUUAUGCAGGGUCUCACUAUGAAUCCCAGGCUGGCCUAGAAUUUGCUGUGUAGACUAGGCUGGCCUAGAAUUUGAGAUAAUCCUGUCUCUGCCUCAGAAGUGGUAGGGUUAUAGUCAAGCUUAACCAAUAAGAAACUUAACAUUAAACAUUAUUUUGCAUGUUUUCUCUAAGCUCUUUGAAAAUAGAAUGUGCAGUAGCCCUUACAUACAUACCAUUGCCAUAUAGUGCAUACUAAGUAAAUGAAUGAUCUUUAACUGUUUACUCACUUUUACUUAAGUAUAUUUUUCCUCUGAGGUGUGUUUUGUUCCUGAAGAUCCUCUUAAAAACAAGAAAUGAUAGUACAUAAAAUAUGGUCAGUAAAAUACUUAAUAAUAACCUGCUUUUUAAAAUGGACCUAAGAAUG